AUGCUGGUUCCAAACCGCCCAUGGCGCUCGCGGGAACCUGGCUGGCCCACCGCCUCAUCCCGAGGGAGUUGCCGCGGCGCAAGAAUGCCAAUGGAUGGGUUCCGCCGUCGCGGCGUCGGCGACACAGUCAACGAGCCAUCGUGCUCGUCCAGCGCGCCUUGGCGGCAGACCGCCGCCAGCACUGCUGCUGCGCAGUUGCCAGCGCCAUUGGCUGCGGCUCCGUGGCGCAAGGUUGACGUUCAUGUUGCCGCAGCGGCGCUGCCAGCCCCGGCCUCGGCUUCGAGCAGCCCCUGCAGAGCUGCUGUCGCGGAGAUCCCGACAGCGACCGCACUGGCGGAGGAGAUUGAGGACGCCGCGACCACUGCCCUCGCCAGGUUCCUCAGCGCCUGCGAGCCGCCAGCUCACUUGGAGGAGAGGUCGCCGGGGCAGAGCAUUGCCGAGGACGUCCCCCAGCCACCACCGCCUCCCUUCUCGUCAGAUGAAGGUACUGUGCAGGCGACUGAGCCCCCGCCGCCACCGGACGACGAGCUGCUUCCAAAGCUGCCUGUGCCACCACUGCCAGUCAGCCCUGCUGGUUGUGCGGCCGAG